AUGGGCAAUCUGUGCAGCUGCGGGAGACCCUGGAAGUGUCCUUCACCUUUUAAGAGAAAGAAAGUAAAGCAAGGAGCUAAUGUGAGGCACAAGAGUGGACAGCAGCAGCCUGCCAGGAAGGUUCCAGCCCAUAAAGAUGUCCCUGAGGUUCCUGUCUAUGCCACUGUGAGCAAAGCCAAGAGUGUGGGGCAGGAGGACAGUGUCCACUACGCAGACAUCCAGGUGUUCUCCAAGGCACGGCAGCGCUCGGCAGCAGAGGUGAAGAACCUACAGAUGCAGAAUGCCACGGAGUAUGCCACCCUCAACUUCACCAGGGCCAGGCUGAAGUAUGACAGCAAGAAUGGCACCUUGGUGUAA